AUGCCACUACCAGUGCUGGAGCAAAUUCUCAUCGCUAAUAAACACAAAGAAGAAUUUCACCAGUUUUAGUUACAUGGCUUUAAUUACUGAGGCUUCUUCUUCUUCUUCUUAUUCUUCUUCUUCUUCUUCAGAAUGGAAAUAUGAUGCAUUCCUUAGUUUCCGAGGUGCAGACACCCGCAGAAGUUUUAUCAGUUAUCUAUAUGAACGGUUGUAUCAUGAGGGAAUCAACACUUUCAAGGACGAUAGAGAACUUGAGACAGGCCAAAGUAUUUCGCAAGCACUUCCUAAAGCAAUAGCAGAAUCCAGAAUCCUAAUCAUCAUUUUUCUCGAAAAAUAUGCUUGUUCAACAUGGUGUUUGGAUGAACUUGUACGAAUUCUUGAAUGCAAGGAAGCUGGGAGGCAAACAGUUUUGCCAAUAUUCUAUGAUGUAACUCCAUCUCAAGUGCGAAAGCAGUCGGGGAAUUUUGAAGAGGCAUUUGCUGUCCAUGAAGGAAGUUUCAAGGAUAAUAUUGAGAAAGUGCAACAAUGGAGAGCUGCAAUGAGAGAAGUGGCUGAUCUCUCGGGAUGGGAUCUGCAAGACAGGGAUGAGGCAGAGUUUAUUCGUGAGAUCGUUAAAGACAUAAUCAGCAAGUUGAGACCAUUUAGCAGUGACAUAACUAAGGGUCUCGUUGGAAUGGAAUUAAGAUUGGAGAAAAUGAGACUCUAUCUGGAUCUAGGGCAGUCAGAUAAGGUUAAAAUUAUAGGUGUUUGGGGGAUGGGAGGAGUAGGUAAAACAACUAUUGCUAGUGUUGUCUACAAGCAAAUGUAUUCUCAAUUUGAAGGUAGCAUUUUUCUUGCAGAUGUUAGAAAAGCUUCUGAAACACAUGAUGGUUUAGUUUCUUUGCAAAAAAAACUUUUAUCUGCAAUCUUAAAUCGGGAUUUAGAAAUACAUGAUGUUCACAAGGGAACAGAUGAGAUAAGAAAGAGGCUAUGUCAUAAAAAGGUUUUGGUCAUUCUUGAUGAUGUUAAUGAGUUGCAGCAUGUAGAGUGUUUAAUUGGAAAGAGAGAUGAAAACUGGUUUGGUGUGGGAAGCAGAAUCAUCAUAACAACUAGAAAUAAACAUUUGUUGGCCCAACAUGGAGUAGAUAAUGAAUAUAUGGUUGACGGGUUGGAUCAUGAGGAAGCCCUUAAACUCUUUCAUUUGAAAGCCUUUAAGAAUGAUCGUCCAACAUAUGAUUAUAAGGAGUUGUCUAACCAAUUUGUAAGAUAUGCAAGUGGCCUCCCAUUAGCUCUCGUUGUUUUAGGUUCAUACUUAUAUGCUAAAUCUAGGAAAGAAUGGACGAGUGCAUUGGAUAGGCUGAGAGAAAUACCCAAUGAAGAAAUUUCAAGAAAACUUCAAAUAAGUUUUGAUGGGUUAGAUGCGACAGAUAAGAAAAUUUUCCUCGACAUAGCAUGUUUUUUCAAUGGAAUGAAGGAAAAUUAUGUGAAAAAAAUAUUGGACAGUUGCGAAUUCUACCCAGACAGUGGGAUAGGAGAGCUUAUCAACAGAUCUUUAAUAAGUGUUUCAGAUGAAAGUGUGUGGAUGCAUGAUUUGCUUCGAGAAAUGGGACAAAAAAUUGUUCGUCAAGAAUCCCCUAUGGAACCAGGACAACGCAGUAGGAUAUGGCUUUAUACAGAUGUCCGUCAUGUCUUCAUUAAUAAUACAGUACGUAAAUCGAUUGUAAUGUGACAGUACUUAGUUAUUUAGAAGCCAUCAACAUAAUUUAACUUUUUGGAAAUUGUUUCUUCUUGUUUUUCUCUAUUGUUAAUUGUUGCCUUUGAUGUUUAGGGAUCAGAAGUAAAUGAAGGCAUAGUCUUGGAUUUACCUGGUGAAAAGGGACAAUUGAUAAGAGCUAAAGGUUUCUCAAAGAUGAAAAAUCUAAGGAUGCUCAUUCUUCAAAAUGCGCGCUUUUUUUGUGACAUUGAAUAUCUUUCAAAUGAAUUAAGAUAUUUGGAAUGGCAUGAAUAUCCAUUUAAAUCACUGCCAUCAACUUUUCAACCAAAUAAACUUGUUGAGCUCCACUUGCAACACAGCAACUUGAAAAAAUUAUGGAAAGCAAUAAAGCCUUUGCAGUUGCUGAAGAUCAUUGAUCUUAGUUAUUCUCAAUGUUUAAUCAAGACCCCAGACUUUAGAGAUGUCCCAAAUCUUGAGGUGUUGAAUCUUGAAGGUUGUAAAAGCCUAGUUAAGGUGCACCAAUCCAUUGGAUUAUUGACAAGGUUGGUUUGUUUGAACAUGGAAGGCUGCGAAAACUUAGUUACUCUUCCAAGUGGCAAUUGGAAUUUGAAGUCCCUCAAGAUUCUUAAUUUACGUGGCUGCUCGAAGCUUAGCAAACUACCCGAGGGGUUGGUGAGUAUGACGAGUUUGGAGGAGCUUGAUGUAGCUGGAGUUGGUUCUGGACAAGCGAAAUUGGCUAAAGCAUGGGAUCUUCUAAGUAAUUACUUACAGCCUACUAAGAGGAACGAAAAUCUACUGGCUUUAGCUAUCCCAAAUUUACAAGCUCUAAGGAAACUGGAUAUGAGUUACUGCAACCUUUCACAAGUUCCAAAUGAUCUGAGCUGCUUGCGGUCAUUGGUACAACUAAAUUUAAGUGGAAAUCAUCUUUUGAGCAUACCUUCAAGCA